AUGGCUUCUUUUUCUCUAAUCUGCAUUCCUCUUGCUAAACCUUUAUUCAACAAACGUACCCACUUCAACACAUUAGCACCUGCUUCUCAGUCGAACAUUAACAAUUUCCACUCAAUGCCUUUGCAAUUCAAACCUAUAGCAGUUUCCCAGAGGAAAGUAAAAAUGGAAGUAAUAGCAGGCGAGACACCAAAUAAAAAGGGAGAGAGUAGACCAGGAUUUGUGGAGGAGAUGGAAGCUGCAUCAUUGAAACUGCACACAAGAGAGCACUCUGAGAAAGGACAAAAGGAGAUUAAGCAGCCAGAAGAUAGAGCCUUGUCCGAAUGGGGCCUUUCCAUUCAAGGGAUUAUAAGCUUUUUAGUUGACAGCAAGUCUGUGUACAAUGAACUUGAAGAUAUCCUGAAAAACCCUGAUUUUCCUUUUAAUGCGGAGUUGGAAAACACAGGAUUUGAGAGGUCUGCGAAUUUAGAGAAAGACUUGGAGUGGUUUAAAGAACAAGGGUAUGCAAUUCCUGAACCUUCUAGUGCAGGUGCUGACUAUGCAAAAUACCCCAAGGAAUUGUCAGAAAAUGAUCCUCAAGCAUUUAUUUGCCACUUUUACAAUAUUUACUUUGUCCACACUGCUGGUGGUCAAAUGAUUGGGAAGAAGGUACUUAUUAUUAUGCUAUAUACAUGUUUAAUAAUAUAUAUUAUAAUAAUAGUUCUUUGUAAAUUGUAAAUUAACUGGACCAAAUAAGAGAAAGAUCAUUGCUUAAAGGAAACUGAAAAGGCAUUUGAAUAUUUGAGAAGGAUCCUUCGUCUUAUGGCCUAA